UUUUGUGUUUAUGACUAACAAUUCCCUAGAAAAAAAAUUACGGACAAUUGGCUGCCCCGUGUAGAGAUCUGUGUAACUCUGGUGGGAGACGGCAUGAAUAUAAAAAUGCAAACAGACUUUUCAUGCUGUCUUCUCAGUAAAGGCAAAAAAAUCAGGGUAUUGUUCAGGUCUAUGUGAAUUCUGAAUCUAGAGCAGUUGUUGUUUUGUUAGCAAAGUAAUAACGUAGAGCCAAACAGGAUUUUCAGGGUAGAUAACAAGCAGUCUUCCCUGGGCAGAAGAAUUCCCUCCAUUUGGCUAGAUGUGAAUGCUAAUUGCAGGGCAGUAGGUGCAGGGAUUGCACAGUCACACAGUGUGGGAUGAGGGGAGGGGGCUGGACCCAAGCUCACUGGCUGGCUGAGAAACAAGCCCAGUGACCAACACUAGCAGUGCAGGAGUUAAAGGCCCUUCUAUUUCCGGAUUUGCUCAUUGCUGAAGGCUUGUAGUGGAGCUGGAGAAAGAGGGAGGGAGACAGGAGCAUCCCCUACACACAGCAAGAACUGAGCAUCCUCCAGGAGGAAGGUAGGAGAGGAGCUGCUGCACCAUGCCAGUCUGACACACAGCCUGUGUUUGUUCUGUCUGGAGCUCAAUCUCAUCUCUGUCUCCAUACUCACAGGAAGGCAAAGAAAGGGGGUGCACUGACUGGAGCACUAAGAGAGGAGGCUGUUUGGGGGGCUGCCGUUUGCACACCUCCCUCCUCCUUCACUCCCCCCACCCACUGCUCCUGAAGAUCAUCAGUCAUUUGGAUUUUGACAGAUCUUGCAACCUUGAUGGACAGGCAGAAAGAGCAGCUUUAAGAUACCAAGAGAGGAGAGGGGGGAACGCACAGCUCCUGUGGCUCUCCAUGCUCCAGUCUCCAGCUUGGGCUUCUCCCUGGACUCAGGUCCCACCUUGUUCCCUUGCACUGAGGGCACUUCCAGUCUUGUCCAGGAACAGCUGCCCUUCUUCCACAAGUCUCCCAGGCGGACCCGACUCGGAAUGGCACAAAGGUAUGAUGAGAUGGUGCAUUACCCAGGAUUGGAUGGGAUGCCUCUGGCAGGAUUUGGGGAUGCCCACACAGGCCGAGCACUACAGCACCACUCACUUAGUCAGAGUGCACCCUAUGGAUCUACAGGAGCAGCUCACCGAGUACCAAUGCCCCCUGGAAUGGGCAGCAACGAUGGUCUGAAAAGAGAGAAGGAUGAGAUUUAUGGGCACCCUCUGUUUCCUCUGCUGGCUUUGGUGUUCGAGAAGUGCGAAUUGGCUACGUGUUCCCCCCGCGACAAUUCAGGGUCAUUCCCAGGGGGUGAUGUUUGCUCUUCAGAUUCUUUUAACGAAGAUAUCGCUGUUUUUGCCAAACAGGUCAGAACAGAAAAACCCCUUUUCUCUUCCAACCCAGAGCUGGACAGUUUGAUGAUACAAGCCAUUCAAGUUUUACGAUUCCACCUGUUGGAGUUAGAAAAGGUUCAUGAUCUAUGUGACAAUUUCUGCCAUCGGUAUAUCACAUGUCUUAAAGGCAAGAUGCCCAUUGAUUUAGUUAUAGAUGAUCGCGAUGGUUCUUCCAAGUCUGAUCUGGAAGAUUUCACAGGUUCCUGCACCAGCCUAUCAGACCAGAAUAACUCAUGGAUACGAGAUCAUGACGAGACAGGCUCGACUCACUCAGGUACACCGGGUCCUUCCAGCGGAGGGCUAGCUUCCCAAAGUGGAGAUAAUUCCAGUGAACAGGGUGACUGUAUGGAUAACAGUGUGGCAUCGCCGAGCACAGGGGAUGACGACGACUUAGAUAGAGACAAGAAGAGGAACAAAAAAAGAGGCAUUUUUCCCAAAGUUGCCACAAACAUAAUGAGGGCGUGGCUCUUUCAGCACCUCUCGCACCCUUACCCCUCUGAAGAACAGAAAAAGCAGCUAGCACAGGAUACAGGGCUCACGAUAUUACAGGUCAACAAUUGGUUUAUUAAUGCAAGAAGACGCAUCGUCCAACCUAUGAUUGACCAGUCUAAUCGCACAGGGCAAGGAGGAGCUCCCUACAGCCCAGAUGGUCAGAACAUGGGAGGAUAUGUCAUGGAUGGACAACAACACAUGGGCAUUCGACCCCCAGGAGCCAUGGGAGGAUUAGGCAUGGCCGUAGGUAUGGAGGGGCAGUGGCACUACAUGUAACCGCUGCCAUCUUUCUCAUACUAGGGAUGCUUCCAAGGAAUUCCUGGGGAUUACACAGCAGCCCCAAGCACUAUGCCCAUGGGAUUCCCACCGGCUGGGUACACACCUGCCAUACCGCCACACUCAGCUGGUCUUCGCCACGGACCGUCUUUACACUCCUACCUCCCAGGGCACCCUCACCACGCCUCUAUGAUUCUGCCAGCUGGCACCUCCCCACACCACCUGGUUUCAGCGCAGAGUCCGGCGGACGCACUU